AGUUGUCAGUCUUGCAGUGGGUUGCAAAAAGUUAUUAUACUGUAACCUUUAAGGUUUUAGUACAUUGCCGUGUUAGAAUGUAUAUCACUUUCCUAAAAUAAUGGCCUAAGUCUUUUGCCAAAAAUGAAAAAAAAAAAAAAAAAAUCCACCUCUUUCUUUUCAAAAGAUAUUAAAGGUAACAAUUUGGGCAAAAACAUUCUUAAGCCAUUAUUUUUAGAAAGGUGAUAUGUAAUGGUGUAUUUUUCUGGGAUGUUUUGUUAUAGACCAUCAUAAAUAAUACCUAUGAAUUGUGAGCUUAUACUAGAUCUAACAUUUUUACAUACAUAAAUCUGUAAAGUGUGCAAUGUUGUUCAGUCCACAGAACAGAACACCUCUGUACACUUUGUAAAAAUAAUUUGUUCAAUUCUUCCCACAAAUCCUCAGUUGGAUUUAGGUCUGGACUUUGACUAGUCCAUUACUUGGUCCAUUCUACAAAUGAUUUUGUGCUCAUAUUUAGCUUGACCCAACCUCCCAUCACCUAUCACCUUCUUCUCUACAUCUAAUGAAGAAAAGCAUCCCAACAGCAUGAUGCUGCCACUAUGCAUAGUGUUUUGCAUGAAAAAAAGUUCUGUUUUGGUCUCAUCUCACCAGAAAACAUUUUUUUUCCAAAUGCUUACUAUGAUUUCCCAAUCUUCAAAACAUCUCCUAGAGCACUACCCAAUUCAUCAUCCAAAAAUGAAAAGCCAGUAUACCAUCAAUGGUGUCUAGCUAAACUUAUGGGUGAGCAAGUAUGGCAUUAGAGAAGCACCUAUGAAACAUCAUUGCUUUGUAGGAGCUGCAGAGAUCGACAAUUCAGGAUGGGAGAAUCUGCCAAUAGGACCAUUAUUAGUCAUGCAGGGGAAACAGAAAAUAUUUGGAAACACUGUUCUGGUCAGAUGUGACUAAAAUUUAAUUUACUGGUUUACAACUAACAGUUAAUAUUACCCUGAACACAUCAUUCCCAUCAUAAAAAUAGUGGUGGUAGGAUUAUUAUGUGGGAAUGCUUUCCUUCAGCUGGGACAGAGGAAAUGGUUAGUUGAUGGGGAGACGGGUGAUGCUGCUAAAUCAUGUAAAUAUCUUGGAAUAAGCCUUGAUAGAAGCUGCAAAACACUUUGCAGACAAGAGAGACUGGGGUGGAGGACAACAACCCUAAACAUAAAUCCAGAGCUAGAGGAAUGAAUAAUGAAGUUUUUAAGAUAACAAAUUAACAUUCAUGACCUGCAGAUCAGUAAAAGGAUUGAUUUUAUCCAGAGGUUUGAUGGUGGGCCAUCCUUUAUUUUCGUCAGGUUUGAAAACUGUAAUUGAAUUUUAGCAUUUCAUGUAGAAAAACUGGUGUGUUUGUGUUUGUAACUCCCUGAGGGGCAGUUUAUUUAAAUAUGCACGUGUGCACGCCUGCGUGCGUGUGUGCGUGUGUGAGUGUGUCUUACCUUGUUAAUGAAGCAUUCCCUCCCUCUCUCCCUCCUCCUCUGUCCUCAUACAUCGGAGGCUGUGCGCUGCAGCGGCCGCAGAAAGCGCCGCGGAUCCUGGUGUGUGCCGAUCUCCGGAGGGUCCCGGAUAAUCCAGCUGGACCCUCAGUGGACUGGAUCUCCCUGCUUACCCAUACUAAGCAGAAGUGGGGCUUUCACAUUCCGUGCGGGGAUUUUUAAUUCACUCAGCGCAGGUGACCUGAAAUUGAUUGCAAAGGAGGAGGACGGGAGAACAAAUGGAAGGAGAGCAGAGAGAAAGUGGAUAAGAAAGAGACCAGAAACAAGACCAGAAGGUUUCCUCCUGCAGCAGGGAAGUCUCUUUCAAUACAGGGCUUUGACUUAAAAAGCAGACAGUUGGCAUUACCAGAAUAAAAAAGUUACUACCAGAUCUGUUAUAAUGGAGAAGACAUACUCCCUAACUGCCCACUACGAUGAGUUCCAGGAAAUCAAAUAUGGCGGUCGCUACAGCAGUGACAUCCUCAGCAAUGGCAUGACCCUUCACCUGGGGGGCAGCCUGGACCGCCAUGUGGUCCGAGGAAGGGGCAACACCUGGUCAAACAGCCGAAACAAAGACCUGAGCGGCAACAGCAGUAGCGGGGGCCUUCCUCGCUGGAGCAGGAGGGAGAAUUGUCUCCUGUCUGCAUUGGUCUUUGCUGCAGGCAUGUGUCUCAUCCUGGGGAGCAUGCUGGCUCUCAAAUACAUUUCACUUGAUGACGCGGACUGCAGGCAGGACUGCCAACACAAACGCUCCCUUAUGCGGGCAACUCGCUUCGUUCAGGCUAAUAUUGACAUAACCAUACAGCCUUGCCAGGACUUCUAUUCCUUUGCUUGUGGAGGCUGGCUGAGGCGCCACGGUAUCCCCGAAGACAAGCUCAGCUAUGGCAUCAUCACAGCUAUUGGAGAGCAAAAUGAAGAGAAGCUACAGCAACUCCUUCUGGAGCCGGUUCAGAGACAUGGGCCAGACUCCGCAGAGCGGAAGGUCAAGGAGUUUUAUCGGUCCUGCAUCAACAUCAAGGACAUUGACAAACUGGGGUCAAAACCCAUGACAGAGGUGUUAGACAGCUGUGGAGGAUGGGACCUGGACGGAGCACCUUCAGAGAAGGAGGACGCCCCCCAGAGGCCGGAUUUUAAUGAGCUGCUCUACAGGACGCAGGGGGUUUUUAGCACUGCUGUCUUCUUCUCCCUCACCGUCAAUGUGGACGAUAAAAACUCCUCCAGGAACGCUAUCAGGAUUGAUCAAGAGGGACUCACUCUGCCAGAGAGAAGCCUCUACCUCGGUCAGGAUGAGGACAGUGUGAAGAUCCUGGCAGCGUACAAAGCCCUGAUGGAGCGCCUGCUGAGCAUGCUGGGCGCUCACAAUGCCACACAGAAGUCCAAGGAGAUUAUAGAGCUGGAGACCCAACUGGCCAAUAUCACUGUGUCAGAGUACGAUGACCAAAGGAAAGACAUCAGCACAAUGUACAACCGAAUCACCCUUAGGCAGCUGCAGCGCAUCGCACCUAGCCUUCACUGGAAGCGAUUGUUGGACCGAAUUUUCCACGACAACUUCUCUGAAGACGAAGAGAUCGUGGUGCUUGCCACUGAUUACAUACAGAAAGUCUCUGACAUAAUCAAGAACACUUCAAAGAGGGUUCUGCAUAACUACAUGCUGUGGCGCAUUGUGGCCGCGCUAAGUGAGCACCUGUCCACCGCCUUCCGAAGCACCAUCCACGAGUUUUCUCGAGAGAUUGACGGCACCGAGCAGCAGCUGGAGCUGGGCCGGCUCUGCCUCACUCAAGCCAACAAGCACUUCGGCAUGGCUCUGGGGGCGCUGUUUGUCAAGAAGCACUUCUCUUUAGAGAGCAAAGUCAAGGUACAGAAGCUGGUGGAGGACAUAAAACAUGCCCUGGAUCUUCGGCUGCAGGAACUGGACUGGAUGGAUGAGGCCACCAAGGAGGCUGCCAGAGCAAAGCUGAAGCACAUGAUGGUGAUGACGGGAUACCCAGACUUCUUGCUCAAAGAUGAACUCAUUGAUCAGGAAUAUGGGUUUGAUGUGAACAAGAAGACGUACUUCAAGAAUAUCCUCAACAGCAUUAAGUUCAACAUCAAACUGUCUGUCAGGAAAAUACAUGAAGAAGUGGACAAGACAGCGUGGCUUCUCCCCCCGCAGGCUCUUAAUGCCUACUACCUCCCUAACAAGAAUCAAAUGGUUUUUCCUGCUGGCAUCCUGCAGCCCACCCUCUACAAUCCUGAGUUUCCACAAUCUCUGAACUAUGGCGGAAUAGGAGCUAUCAUUGGCCAUGAGCUGACACACGGUUAUGAUGACUGGGGGGGCCAGUACGAUCGCUACGGCAACCUCAAACAGUGGUGGACUCAGGAGUCCUACAGAAAGUUCCAGAAAAAGGCUGAAUGCAUUGUCAAGCUCUACGAUAACUUCACUGUAUAUAACCAGAAGGUGAAUGGCCGCCUGACUUUAGGAGAGAACAUAGCUGACAUGGGAGGACUAAAAUUGUCGUACUAUGCAUAUCAAAAAUGGGUGAGGGAUAAUGGUCCAGAGAGGCCCCUCCCUAAGCUAAAAUACACCCACGAACAGCUGCUCUUCAUAGCCUUUGCACAGAACUGGUGUAUGAAGAGAAGAUCUCAGUCCAUCUAUCUGCAGCUGCUCACUGACAAGCAUGCACCAGAGCACUGCAGGGUGCUUGGCAGCGUUUCCCAGUUUGAUGAGUUUGCCCGUGUUUUCAACUGUCCCAAGGGUUCUCCGAUGAACCCUGUGGAAAAGUGCUCUGUUUGGUGACCCAGUGACCCUCAAUUUUCAAGAUCCACACAAAACUCACCGUUUCUUCAGACACAUCACAUAUUCCCGUAGUUCAUCAGGGAGGAAACAGUGUUCAGACCACUGCCUAUGGGUCCACAUCAUCAUCACCGUCAGUGACUGAGUACCACUGGUCAAACCAAGCAUGAGUCAUGUGACUGUAGCUUGUGUACAAAUAUCAUGUGAUUAUAAAUAUUUUUCUAUGUUUACAUUUAUUUUGAAAUCAUCUAUUUUUCUAUUUAGCAAAUAUCUCAUACAUUAUGUUUAGGAUUCAUAGAGUUUUGUUUCAGGUUAGGCAUUAUGUUUUCUUGUUUGUUUUUUGUAUGAAAAAGGCUUAUUUCAUAUGUAAUGAAAAAACAGUCAACUUAGAGUAAAUAUGGAUUUGUAGCAUCUUAGUGCCAGCCAAACAUUCAGGAAGUAUCCAUCUGCAGAUGCCACUCUCAGGCUCACUACCAUUUCCAGUUCAUAAAUUGUUUGCUCUCAUGCCAGGAAAUUAAACCUCAUAGUAACCUUGCUGUGGCUAAAUUCCUAUUUUUAUUAUCCUCCAGAGAAAACACGUUUGCGGUACAUACACUUUGAAAAGAUGCGUAUGCGUUUUGUUCGUUUUUUUCUCACUGUAUGGUAUUAAAGCUAACUGAACUUUUUCUGUUUUAAAUCAGUUGGGAUUAACAAACCUAAAUCCAGAUGAUGUCAUCUGAGUUAAAUGGAGGCAUACGUAUAAACAUACUGUUCAGGAAGGAGACAGGUUCUGUGUCCAAAAGAUGAGCGUAGUUUGGUGUAAAAUAUUUUUAAAAACCAGAAAAAAAGCAAACCUUGUAAAGAUGCUGACUGAAGCUUGUAGGAGAGUCAUUAUCUGCUGUGAAAUGAGUCCUGUACCAGCAUGAGGAGAAAGGCCCUUUAGAGAGGAAGAAUCCUCUCCAGAAGCAACUCAAAAAAAAAGAUUACAGUUUGCAAAUGCAUAGAGGGACAAAGAUCUUAGUGUUUGGAGACAUGUCCUGUGACCAGUGAAACCAUCCCAACUGUGUACCACAGAGGUGGCAGCAUCAUGUUGUGUGUAUUAUGAGACAAAGGCACUUCACACAAUAGAUGGCAUUUUGUAGAAAGAACAUCAUGAGUAAAAAUCAAAGCAACAUCUCAAAACCUCAGUCUGAAAGUUAAAAUUUGGUAGCAAGUGAGUCUUUCAAAUUUACACUAUACUAUACUGACAAUUAGUUACAAAGUAAGUUAAGAACAUUAAAGUUAAAGUUUUGAAGUGGCUA